CGUUGUAUCAGCAUAAAACCAAGAGAAAUUUUUAAAUGGGUUUUGUGGUUAGAUUAAAAUGUAUUAAUUUUGUUAGUUUAUUUAAUAACAAUGAUAAUAGUUUUCCAUUACUUAUAUGUUUUCACGAGGCAUUAUAUAAAAUUUCUUAGAAAAAUGCCCAUAGAUGUGUCCACUACCGAGGGCCCAGGAUUCGAGACCCGAGAUAUUGAGGAGAACCUUGUUUUUGAUCCUCCCGUUUAUAAACAAAGAUAUGGGGAAAUACAACUUAUUCUAUUAAACAACAAGUGGAUAGAAGAUAUAAGAAAAAUUGUAGAUUUCGGAUGUGCGGAAUUAAAAUUAUUUCAAUUUAUAAAUCGACUUUUUAGAAUAAAUGAUAUUCUGGCUGUUGAUGUUGAUGAAUAUCUACUAAGAGACAAUUUGUUUAGAGUGCGACCUGUAACGACUGAUUAUAUUUGUAAAAGAACUGAGCCACUUAAUGUACAUAUAUUGCAAGGUAGCAUCAGUGACCCAGACCCAAGAUUAACUGAUGUUGAUGCAGUGAUUGGUAUUGAAAUAAUUGAACAUCUAUACCCUGACACAUUAGAAGCAUUGCCAUACAACGUGUUUGGUUUUAUCAAACCAAAAUUAGCAGUAUUUACAACACCCAAUGCCGAUUUUAAUGUCCUCUUCCCUAACUUCAAAGGAAUGCGUCAUUGGGACCACAAAUUUGAAUGGACGAGAGAGCAAUUUGAAAUGUGGGGUAACAAUAUUGUCACACGUUUUCCAAAUUAUUCGGUUUCAUUUAAAGGAAUAGGAGAAGGACCUGCAGGCACUGACCAUUUGGGGUGUUGUAGCCAAAUGGCAAUAUUUAUAAAGAAUGAAAAUGAAGAAGACUGUGUAAUGAAUAGUACAUCAUCUUUUGGAAUUUGUACAUAUCAUAGUUAUACAAGUAAUAUAUCAAUAGAAUAUGACGAAGAUAGCUACUAUAGGUUGAUUGAACUUAUUGAGUACCCAUUUCAUAUUGAUGAAAGAACGGCCAAGGAAAAGAUUAGUGAUGAAUUAAAGUAUAAAAUAGGUUUAGCGAGUCGACGAGGUGGGCGAUUUUAUAAUGAAGAUCAUAAUAGAAAUGAAAUUCCCGUCGUUGAAUUAAUUUAUAAUCUAUAUACGCACUUCACGUCAAUACCAGAAGCUUGUUCAAUACUUACCGAAGAGGGCUUUAAAUUAGAAGAAUGUUUAAUCUGUGAUCAAUUACAAAUUUGUGUAAUACACGAACCUGAGAUGGAAAAUGGCACUAGUACGUCUUCAAAUACCUUAAGUGAUGAUUUCGAUUCAAACCAAGAUCAUUAUGAAUGGCACGCAUCUGUAUCGGAUCCAGAGUCAGAUUGGGGAGCCGAUGCCGGGUCGCAAAAAAUUGAACAGCUAACAUUUGAUCCUUCUACUAACGCCCAAGAAUUAAUUUAUGAUAUAAUUGAGAAUUUAGAAACAGAUCAUAUUGAGACUGCGGUUGUGGGUAAUGGCGCUGAGGAAAAUCCAAGUGUGAGUUCAGAGUCGAAUAAUUACAUGUGCGAUUCUGGCUAUGGGGUAUCAUCUUUUAAUCUCACAUCCUCCGCGCAUUCAUGUUUAGAAGGUGCGUUUGAUAUCCUUCAUGAUCAUCAGGCAACUGGUAAGUUAUCUGAUGACCGGGAAGAGGAUGAUUUUCAAACCACGGUGUCAAAGGAGAGCACCAAGAUUUUGAGUAAAAUUGAUGGUAAAAUGUCACCUAAACAAGUACGAAAGAAACAUGUACAAGAACGCGAUCCCGUUGAUGAAGUGAAUGUUGGUUGUCCUCUGAAUAUUGAACCACGAGAACAAGAUCACGAAGAAGCGUACGAUGUUUUUGAAGAGGUUGAAAAUGGAGAUUUAGCUAAUAACAACAGGGAUCUGGAAGGAAACAAUUAUCCAAACGCUGCAGAAAAUGAAGAGCGUAAUGAAAAUGAUAACGAAAAUGCAGUGUUACAGGAUAACGAAAGAAAUGAUGAUAUUGAAAACAGAAACCAAAUGGAAGAAGAUGCAGCAGUUGCAGAUCCAGAUCAACAAGUAGAAGAUCAAAUUGAUUUUGAGGUACAACAUUUUAGUAGAGAAGCAUUGUUUGAUCCUAAUUCGCAGGAAGACUUACUGGAAGAUUAUGAUGUUGCCGCUGACGGAGAUCAAAGUGUUGAUCAACCCCGUCCUGAAAUUAUUUUUGUUGAAGUUGAUCGUGUAUAUGAUAAUGGGGAAAUGGACCCAAUUAUACCUGAACUAUAUGUUGAACCCUUUCCUAAUUGGCUAUUAAAUUUGUUAGGAGGAGAAGUAACUGAUGGAAUCGAGGUGCAUGACGAACCUCACUUCUAUUGCCAAGGAGACGGCUUAGGUGUGCAUCCUUCAUUUAUCGAAGAAGACGAUUAUGAGGAGGAUACCUCGAGCGACAGAACUUUAAGUUCAGAUAAUUCUCCUACAACCUCCACUGAUGGAGAAAGUCACGAUGAAGCAGAGGCGGACCCUUCUGUGUCUGAAGUUGACGUCGGUAGCUUACCUGAAGAUGGAACGGAUGCACCAUCAUCAACACCGUCUCUACGAGUUAUAAAUCUGCCAUUACCUGUGACUCUACAAAACAAAAUUGAAGUAAAACCUGAGUUGUCAGUAUCCAGUUCUGCUGGUUCGUCUAAUGGGACAACCAGUCAGGACGAAUUUUUUGAUACUAUUGAAGAAACACCACCAAAUAGUACUAUGUCACAAAAACAUAUUCAUGACCCCAAACCAAAGAAAUAUUUGACAACUCACUCUUUCAGUUCAAUACUUACCGAAGAGGGCUUUAAAUUAGAAGAAUGUUUAAUCUGUGAUCAAUUACAAAUUUGUGUAAUACACGAACCUGAGAUGGAAAAUGGCACUAGUACGUCUUCAAAUACCUUAAGUGAUGAUUUCGAUUCAAACCAAGAUCAUUAUGAAUGGCACGCAUCUGUAUCGGAUCCAGAGUCAGAUUGGGGAGCCGAUGCCGGGUCGCAAAAAAUUGAACAGCUAACAUUUGAUCCUUCUACUAACGCCCAAGAAUUAAUUUAUGAUAUAAUUGAGAAUUUAGAAACAGAUCAUAUUGAGACUGCGGUUGUGGGUAAUGGCGCUGAGGAAAAUCCAAGUGUGAGUUCAGAGUCGAAUAAUUACAUGUGCGAUUCUGGCUAUGGGGUAUCAUCUUUUAAUCUCACAUCCUCCGCGCAUUCAUGUUUAGAAGGUGCGUUUGAUAUCCUUCAUGAUCAUCAGGCAACUGGUAAGUUAUCUGAUGACCGGGAAGAGGAUGAUUUUCAAACCACGGUGUCAAAGGAGAGCACCAAGAUUUUGAGUAAAAUUGAUGGUAAAAUGUCACCUAAACAAGUACGAAAGAAACAUGUACAAGAACGCGAUCCCGUUGAUGAAGUGAAUGUUGGUUGUCCUCUGAAUAUUGAACCACGAGAACAAGAUCACGAAGAAGCGUACGAUGUUUUUGAAGAGGUUGAAAAUGGAGAUUUAGCUAAUAACAACAGGGAUCUGGAAGGAAACAAUUAUCCAAACGCUGCAGAAAAUGAAGAGCGUAAUGAAAAUGAUAACGAAAAUGCAGUGUUACAGGAUAACGAAAGAAAUGAUGAUAUUGAAAACAGAAACCAAAUGGAAGAAGAUGCAGCAGUUGCAGAUCCAGAUCAAGUAGAAGAUCAAAUUGAUUUUGAGGUACAACAUUUUAGUAGAGAAGCAUUGUUUGAUCCUAAUUCGCAGGAAGACUUACUGGAAGAUUAUGAUGUUGCCGCUGACGGAGAUCAAAGUGUUGAUCAACCCCGUCCUGAAAUUAUUUUUGUUGAAGUUGAUCGUGUAUAUGAUAAUGGGGAAAUGGACCCAAUUAUACCUGAACUAUAUGUUGAACCCUUUCCUAAUUGGCUAUUAAAUUUGUUAGGAGGAGAAGUAACUGAUGGAAUCGAGGUGCAUGACGAACCUCACUUCUAUUGCCAAGGAGACGGCUUAGGUGUGCAUCCUUCAUUUAUCGAAGAAGACGAUUAUGAGGAGGAUACCUCGAGCGACAGAACUUUAAGUUCAGAUAAUUCUCCUACAACCUCCACUGAUGGAGAAAGUCACGAUGAAGCAGAGGCGGACCCUUCUGUGUCUGAAGUUGACGUCGGUAGCUUACCUGAAGAUGGAACGGAUGCACCAUCAUCAACACCGUCUCUACGAGUUAUAAAUCUGCCAUUACCUGUGACUCUACAAAACAAAAUUGAAGUAAAACCUGAGUUGUCAGUAUCCAGUUCUGCUGGUUCGUCUAAUGGGACAACCAGUCAGGACGAAUUUUUUGAUACUAUUGAAGAAACACCACCAAAUAGUACUAUGUCACAAAAACAUAUUCAUGACCCCAAACCAAAGAAAUAACUUUUAAUAAAUAAAUUUAGUAUGGUAAGUAUUGUGAUAAUGAAAAUAAACAGAAUCCUUAAUAAAGCAUUUUUUAUACAA